AUGAAUUCUGAGUUUGAGUUACAAUAUCGUUCAAUGAAUGUGGAGUAUCUGCUCGCAGAUGAGAUUGAACACGAGUUGUUAAUAAGACAGGUUGCGUUUAAGACUGGUGAAUCCAUCGAUGCAAAGAAACGGAAAUUGAGGAACAAGUUGAGAGAGUUACGUGAAACUAAUAUUGUCACGCUUGCAUAUUUCGAAAACCCUGCGGAGUGUGAAGACGAACUAAAUCGCGUAGAUGAAAAACUGGCUAAAAUUCGUGACCAGCUAGAAAACAGGAAACCUAAGAAAGCAGAACUUCCCGUACUGAAAACUAGAUUGAUCCAUCUGUUGUUCAGACUGGACAGAUUGAAAAAGAACUUCGAUACAGCAGGACUGGAAUCGAUAGCAAUGAAAAUGUUGAACGAUCAAUUUAGCUUGUUAUCCGUAGAUCCGGAUGCAAGAAAGCGAACUGAAGAACAGAUUAGGGCCGAAUUAAGCAACGCUAGUAUCAGGUAUGUGGAGUCUGAACCCGAAGAGCCAGACGACAGUGAUGACGAAAGCAUACUAGAGUCUGUGCCAAAACGAAACAAAAAGAGAAGCAAAUCAAGGAAAAGAAUUUCUAGUACUCCUAAGCUGAGAAGAAAAAGGCAAGUGAAAGCGAAAUCAACAGAGGAAAUUAUGAAGAAAAUGCUGAAACACGUAGAACAGUGUAUUGAGUCGAAACUGAGCAGUCUCGAUGUCAAUGAUAGAGAAAGUAAAGAUAGAAAUAUAGAAACGAAUGAUUUCGAAGGAAAUAAUGAAAAGAUGAAAGAAGUGAAGAUAAGGAAACCGAAAGUUAGCGUAGAAAAACCGAAAAAGCGGAAUUACAGAAAAGUGACUAGUAGUUCAAGCGAUGAUACUUUUUCCGAUAAUGAUAGCGAGGAAUCGUAUGCUCCAAAACGGUCACCACGUUCAGUAGCCGAUUGGAGAAUGAAAUAUGAUUGUAGAGAUGAAGGGAAAAGGUUGAAUAAGUUUAUAACUGAAGUAGAGUUUAUGGCAGAAGCAGAGAACAUGGGCAAACGAGCGUUGUUCACCGAAGCAAUUCAUCUCUUUAGCGGAGAUGCCAGGACAUGA